AGGAGGAGGAUGAAGAGGCCACCCCUGGACAGCACCUGGCCCUGGAUCCAGUGCCAGAUGACACCGAGACUCGGCUGGCCCAGCUGGAGCAAGCGUCGCAGGCGCUGCUGGCCGAGCUGGUGGCGCUGGACACCGAGGUGGAGCUGGAGCUGCGGUGCCAACAGCGAGCCCAGGCCUUCAGUGCCCAGGAGGACGCGCGGCUGGAGAGGAUCAGCCUGGCCAGGACACCUGAGGGGACCCCAGGGGAGGUGACAGCUGUGAUGAGACCCGAGGUGGCCCCAGAGGAAGUGACACCCACAGGGGUGGCCCUGGAGGAGCCCCCUGCCCCUGCCCAGCUCCCAGCUCCACAGGAAAAUCUCUCCGAGCUCCUGGAACAGCACCGGGACCUCGGGGUGCAGCUGCAGCACCUGCAGGCCCAGCUGGAGCUGGAGCGGGAGGAGCAGCAGCGCCUGCGGGCAGCCCUGGCCACCAGCCACAGGGCUCUGAGGUCCUUCAAGAGAGUGUCCCAGAUUGUCACCCAGGAUUACUGCCAGGCCCUGGAGCAGCUGGAGCUGGAGCAGGACCUGCGCUGCCACGCCGAGGCCUUCGCCCACCAGAUGCUGGUCCAGCAGAAGGAGGCGAAGCGCCAGAGCUGCAUCCUGCUGAGGAGCGCCGCGCCCGAUUCCCAACUCCUGGAAGCGCUCCAGGAACUGGAAAAACUCGGCCAGGAGCUGGAGGAGACACGGCGGGAACUGCGCCAGCAGGAGAAGGAGCUGGAGCAGGAGCGGGAGGAGCUGCGGCGGGCACGGGAGGAGAAGCGGGAGCUGAUGGAGAGGCUGGAAGAGCUGGAGAAGGAAGCGGGAUCCCUCCGGGAGCAGCUGGCGCAGCGGCCGCCACCCCCGAGCCACCCCGAGGUGCCACCGGCGCCACCGCUGCCACCACCCGCUGCCACCGCCGCCCCCGCCGACCCCCUGGCCACGCUCCGGCAGAGGAAGGCGCGGAAAAACCGGGAGCAGAGUGACACGGGCACCGAGGACAUCCGGGCGCGGGCGGUGCAGGAGAUGCUGGAGCGGAUCCGCAGCGGGAUCGUCCUGCGGCCGGCCAGGGCCCGGCCACCCCCAUGCCAGGACUCCACGGCCAGCAAGAGGCGGAGCGCGGCGCUGGAGCUGGCGGGCAUCCUGGGUGCCCUGCGGAGGCCGAGCCGGAGGCGCAGCCGGAGGAGCCGGGAGCAGCAGCCGGGAUCGGCCCCGGAGCUGGGAUUGGUCCUGGAGCGGCGGCGCCGGGCCCUGGACGCUUCCAUGGGGAAUUCCAUGGGGGAUUCCAUGGGGGAUUCCAUGGGGAAUUCCAUGGGGAGCUCCAUGGGGAAUUCCAUGGGAGAUUCCAUGGGGAACUCCAUGGGGAACUCCAUGGGGAGCUUCAUGGGGAACUUCAUGGGGAACUCCAUGGGGAGCUCUAUGGGGAAAUCCAUGAGCACCAGUUCCAUGGGGAAUUCCAUGGGCACCAAAUCCAUGGGGAACCAUUCCAAGGGCACCAAUUCCAUGGGGAAUUCCAUGGGGGAUUCCAUGGGGGAUUCCAUGGGGAAUUCCAUGAGGAACUCCAUGGGAGAUUCCAUGGGGAACUCCAUGGCGAAGUCCAUGAGCACCAAUUCCAUGGGCACCAAAUCCAUGGGGAAUCCCAUGGUGGCCAAUUCCAUGGGGAACCAUUCCAAGGGCACCAAUUCCAUUGGGAAUUCCAUGGGAAGUUCCAUAAGCACCAAUUCCACGUGCCCCAAUUCCACAGGCACCAAUUCCAAGGGCACCAAUUCCACGGGAAAUUCCAUGGGAAACCAGUCCAUGGAGAAUUCCAUGGGAAACCAUUCCAAGGGCACCAAUUCCAUGGGCACCAAAUCCAAGGGCACCAAUUCCAUGGGAAAUUCCAUGGGUACCAAUUCCGUGGGGAAUUCUAUGGGAAAUUCCAUGAGCACUGAUUCCACGGGCACCAAUUCCAUGGGGAACCAUUCCAAAUGCACCAAAUCCAUGGGGAAUUCCAUGAGCACCAAUUCCAUGGAGAACCAUUCCAAAUGCACCAAUUCCAUGGGGAAUUCCACGGGCACCGAUUCCACGGGCGCCAAUCCCACGAGGAAUUCCAUGAGCAUCAAUUCCGUGGAAAAUUCCAUGAGCACCGACUCCACGGGCACCGAUCCCACCAGGAAUUCCACAGGAGUUUGGGAUGGAACUGGGAAGGAGCCGGCCGCGGGAAACCGCCGCCAGGACACGGAAAAGGACAUGGAAAAGGACAUGGAAAAGGACAUGGAAAAGGAGCAGGAGCUGGCCAAGGUCCCCUUCCGGCCCCGGGGCCUUGGUGGCCUUCCCAGGACACGUCCCCGUCCCCGCUGGGCUGGGGACAGCGGGGACAAGGUCUAGGAGCCACUUCCCGGGAAUUCCCACCCUCAUUUCCCGGGAAUUCCCGCCCUCCUUUCCCAGAAUUUUCCACCCUCAAAUUCCCAGGAUUUUCCUGACUCAUUUCCCAAGAAUUUCCCACCUUCCAUUUCCAGGGUUUUCCACCCUUUUUUUCCCAAGAUUUCCCACCCUCAAUUCCUGGCAUUUCCCGUCCUCCGUUCCCAGGAUUUUCCUGCUUCCUUUCCUGGGAUUUUCCUGAUUCAUUUCCCAAAAAUUUCCCACUCUCAAUUCCUGGGAUUUUCCUGCCUCCUUUCCUGGGAUUCUCCUCCCCUUUUUCCCCAAGAUUUUUCCGGGAUUUCCUGCUCUCAUUUCCCAAGAUUUUCCGACCUCCUUUCCCAGGAUUUUCCACCAUUUUCCCAGGGUUUUCUACCCUUUAUUCCCAAGAUCUUCCACCCUCCUUUCCCAGAAUUUUCCUGCCCUCAAAUUCCCAGGAUUUUCCUGACUCAUUUCCUGGGAUUUCCUGGGACUUUUCUGCCUCCUUUCCCAAGAUUUUCCUCCCCUUUUUUCCCAAGAUUUUUCCAGGAAUUCCCGCCCUCAUUUCCCAAGAUUUUCCAACCUCCUUUCCCGGGAUUUCCGCCCUUAUUUCCAGGAUUUUCCACCCACAAUUCCUGGGAUUCCCCACCAUCAAAUCCCAGAUUUUCCCACCUUUAUUUCCAGGAUUUUCCACCCUCAAUUCCCAGAAUUUCCCACCCUCCUUUCCCAAGAUUUUCCAUCCACAAUUCCUGGGAUUUCCCACUAUCAAAUCUGAGGGUAUUUCCCACCCUUAUUUCCAGGAUUUUCCACCCCUUUUUCACAAGAUUUUCCCACCCUCAAUUCCCAAAAUUUCCCACCCUCCUUUCCCCAAUAUUUUCCCAGAUUUUCCCACCCUGAAUUCCCAGAAUUUCCCACCCUCCUUUCCCAAGAUUUUCUACACUCGAUUCCCAAAAUUUUCCACCCCUUUUUCCCAAAGAUUUUCCCAGAAUUUCCCACUCUCAAUUCCCAAAAUUUCCCACCCUCCUUUCCCAAGAUUUUUCCAGAAUUUCCCACCCUCAAUUCCCAGAGUUUUCCACCCCUUUUCCCCAAUAUUUUCCCAGAUUAUUCCACCCUGAAUUCCCAGAAUUUCCCACCCUCCUUUCCCAAGAUUUUCUACACUCAAUUCCCGAAAUUUUCCACCCCUUUUUCCCAAGAUUUUCCCAGAAUUUCCCACUCUCAAUUCCCAAAAUUUUCCACCCCUUUUCCCAAAGAUUUUCCCAGAAUUUCCCACCCUCAGUUCCCAAAAUUUUCCACCCCUUUUUCCCAAGUUUUUCCCAGAAUUUCCCACCCUGAAUUCCCAGAAUUUCCCCCUCUCAAUUCCCAGAAUUUCCCCCCCCUCCUGGGAACCCCUGGAAAAACGGGAUCCCCUGGAGUUCCACACACACUUUCCCAAAUUCCCCAAAAUUCGGGAAUUCCUUCCCCAAAAUCCCACAGAACCUCUGGCAGCUCCUCCUUUCCUACAACAUCCAAAUAAAAUUUUUAUUUCCCUUGGAUUUGUGAAAAACUGGAAUUAUUCCCCGCAUUCCAAAGCUGCUUUCCCAGGAAUCCCAAAUUCUCCAUUCCCCGGGAAUUUUCACGGAUUUGUUUUUAUCCCGAUUUUUUUUCCCUCCUCCUCCAGCUGGAAUUCAAAAAUUUAAGGCUGGGAGGGAUUUUUCCCAAAUUUCCCUCAAUUCCUGCUCCUUUUCCCUGCAGAUUUUCCAGGAGGAAAACUGGGAAGGAGAGGUCCAAAAAAUACCUGGAAAAGGGAAAUUCCUGCUGGAAAAGGAGCGGGAAAUUUUCCCAGAUUUUUCCAAUUCCUGGAAAUUUCCUGGAGCUUUUUCCAAGAGUUUUCCCAAAUCCUGGAGUUUUUUUCCUGGAUUUCUCCCAAAUCCCACAAUUUCCCAGUAGCUUUUCCUGGAUUUCUCAAAUUCCUGGAGUUUCUUCCCAGAUUUCUCCAAUUCUUGAAACUUUCCUGGAGAUUUUUCCCAGAUUUCUCCAAAUCCUGGAGUUUUUUCCUGGAUUUCUCCCAAAUCCUGAAACUUUCCUGGAGAUUUUUCCUGAAUUUCUUCAAAUCCUGGAACUUUCUUGGAGCUUUUUCCCAGAUUUCUCCAAUUCCUGGAGUUUCUUCCCAGAUUUUUGCAAAUCCUGGAACUUUCCAGGAGCUUUUCCUGUGAUUUCUUCAAAUCUU